UGGACGACCUUGUAUUAGUCUGCCAUUUUGUUUUGUUCAAAGUCAGUCUGAUCGUUCAAGACUUCCAAACGAACUGAUCUACCUACAAUCAUGACUGCAGAUAAACCAGCUUAACCCGCACUCUGCUUGCGAAAACUCGAUUUCAGAAUUGAGAUCGACCAGUUACGUAAGCAGGUCGGGCUUAACCGUACUUGCAAGUACAUUGAUCUUCAAAGCUUGUUUCCACUUGUUUUAGCGAUCUUAUAUGCAAUCAUUGACUUGCAUUUAGAAAAACAUACUACUUGAUUUGUGCACGAUUAAAAACUCAGUUGAGAUACCAAGUUAAUCAGUAUUUUGGAACUCGUUACACUACACUUUUAAGCCUGAACUUGAACACCUGCAUUCGGCUUGUUUCCCAUAGCUGGAAUGGAUGUGGAAUCAACCUGGCAAGCAUAUAUAUGCUCUAAGUACUUUGGGCAUUUGCUUUUGAUUGUUUUGAUUUGCUUGUAAGGUGACACCUGAUGCAUAAUGUUUUUGGGGUUAAUUAACUCAUCGAAACAAAGCAACUACAAGUGCAAGGGGCAUACCGAGAGAUACAACCAAAAUAAUGCCAAAUUAUCCCCUAAGACCAAGCAAACAACAGAACACUCAAAAGGGCAACCAGGCAGCCAGAAGCCAACCUUGAACCACAAACACCUACACAAACUACAGAUGGUUAGAAAACUGCACACACUUUUAAGAAGCAGCAAACAUUAUCUGAUGGAUUUGUCAUGAAAAUCCGCCUAUUGUUAUUAGAUUCCUUGAUAUCACUCCAUAAAGGCAUGCAAGAUCUCAUAUCGGAGCGAACUCUGGCAAUAUCCUCCAGGCCUCGAUGCAUAGUUGUGAAGGUCGUGGUGUUGGCAUAGAUAAUAGAAUCAAGUUAGCCAACGAGAGAAGAAAAUUCCUCUCCUGAAUAAUCAAUCUUUCUCGAGAAGUACUCCGAAGCAAGGGCGGUCUCUCUAUAUUUGCCAGAAACAUUAGAGGAGUAAAAGUGUAAAUUAUCAACGUUACGGUGUUUAGUAGGAGUAACUCAUACUAUAAGGGCCAAAGUGUUAUUCAUUAAAAAAACUGUUAAAAAACUGAUGGAUGUACAAUCAUAAACCGCCAAAAGUUUACAACUUCACAGUCGCAAAACCCAAGGAAGGGUUUAAGGAGAGAGAGAAGGAGAGAGAGAAGGAGAAUAUGGAGGGCGUAUCCUACCAGCGAUUCCCAAAGGUAAAAAUCCGAGAGCUAAGAGACGACUACUGCAGGUUCGAGCUCCAAGACACCGACGCGUCAAUGGCCAACGCCCUCCGUCGAGUCAUGAUCGCCGAGGUCCCCACCGUCGCCAUCGACCUCGUCGAGAUCGAGGUCAACUCGUCGGUACUCAACGACGAGUUCAUAGCCCACCGACUCGGGCUGGUCCCACUCACCAGCGACCGAGCCAUGAGCAUGCGGUUCGCCAGGGACUGCGACGCAUGCGACGGUGACGGACAGUGCGAGUUCUGCUCCUUGGAGUUUCACUUGAGGGCGAAAUGUAUUAACGACCAAACCCUAGAUGUUACGAGCAAGGAGCUUAUUAGUUCUGAUCACACUGUUGUCCCCGUCGAGUACCUAGAUGUUACGAGCAGGGAGCGUAUUAGUUCUGAUCACACUGUUGUCCCCGACGACUUCUCUGAUUCUGCUUUGGGUGAAGAGAAUCCUGAUCAAAAGUCGGUCUCUCGUGAUCAAAAGGGGAUUAUAAUUGUGAAGUUACGCCGCGGGCAAGAACUGAGGCUGAGAGCGAUAGCCAGAAAAGGCAUUGGAAAAGACCACGCAAAAUGGUCUCCUGCAGCCACUGUUACUUUCAUGUAUGAUCCAGAUAUUCGUAUCAAUGAAGAGUUGAUGCAGACCUUAACACUUAAGGACAAAAAUGAUUGGAUUGAUAGUAGUCCUACCACGGUGUUUGGCAUUGAUCCUCGUACUCAGCAGGUUGUGAUAAUUGAUCCUGAGGCAUACACGUACGAUGAUGAAGUGAUCAAUAAAGCAGAGGCAAUGGGAAAGCCAGGACUUGUUGAAAUAGAUGCCAAAGAAGACAGCUUCAUAUUCUCAGUGGAAACUACUGGCGCAAUCAAAGCUUCUCAGUUGGUGCUGAAUGCAAUAGAGAUUCUUAAACAGAAGCUAGAUGCAGUUUGCCUGUCAGAGGAUGCUGUGGAAGCUAAUGAGCAGUUCGGGGAGUUGGGCGCACACAUGCGAGGAGGGUGAUCCCUUCAUUAGACCAGACUCCUCAGUUGAUUUCCUGGAAUUUUGAAGGAAUUCAUUUUGCUUCCUUUUGCUCUGUGGGACGUGUUUUUGUCCAAAUGUCUCUCUGCAAAUGGUUCAUAGAUGAUCAUGUUUAUAGCCGGUGUAUAUGUCUUGAAAUUUCUGGUAACAAUUAGAACGCCUUUUUCUUUUGGAUUACUUGUGUCAAAUUGCAUAUAUUACGUACUUUUGCGUUUAACCUGCAAGAAGUGCAAGCAAGAAUUUAGGUG